UUCUGUACCGUACGGACGUCUCACGGCCGUGUGACGAGUCACCGACAUGUUCACGACCACGAAAAUUCUAUGUGAAUGUAAAUAAAAAAUAACGUGAAGUGUAGUAGUGAAGACAGUGUUACUAAAAUAGAACAUAGGUUUUUUUUUCGUAAUUAUAGUGUACUUUAUCUUAUCUUUAGUAUAAAGUGCGUCAACGAACGAAUUUUUAAAGAAUUGACAUUGGUAUUGGUAUAAUUAUUUAAUAGCAAGUUCUAAUCAAUAUUACUGUUAGUGGAUACGUUUUAAUUAUUUGUGAGUUCGAACGAAAUUGAUGUACAGUUUGUGGAUAAAGAAUUAUUGUUCCGGUUCUUCUAAAAAAUAUCACAAUGGACCCAUACUUCUCAAGUUCAACUGUAACCAAGGUUUCAGUUGAUUCAAGAAAAUAAUCGUCAACAUCAUAUUAAAGAGAAAAUACCAAGACAUCUUUUUAUAAGAUCGGAAAUUUUCUUCACCAAUCAACGGCACUAAUGAAGCAAUCCGCAAACGGGAUAUUGGAGUAGCAGCCGCUCGCGCCACCUUCCUCGCGCAAUAAAACAACAUACCCCUGCUAACUCCAUCACAGACCACAUUCAAACAAAAACAAACCCUACCAGAACGCCACAACGACCACAAUCCCCCAACAUCACGUAGUCAAAUGGCUCUGCUCCGAAUUGAAAACACAAUCCAAGCAAUAUGUCAAUUAAAGUGUAUUCUCAAUUGUAAUCAAGCGCGCCAUUUUAAGACCAAAAAGCUUCGCGACGAGGUCAUAUUCCAGACUUGAUUCGUAAAGCAAAUUAAGAUAUCGUAACUACACAAAGGGAGAAACAAAACCAAUGUAUGGUUACGUCAGGAUAACGAACAAAUUAAUCGUCACCCAAACCAGGGAUUCGUAUGGCGACUCAAAGUCAUAACUCCUACCGUUCACUGCCUAGCUUUGUUGCUUUACCUUCGUGUCUUCUCGUACUGGCAUCCAUUCUUUUGCAACCGGCACUAGCCUCGGUUGAACUAGAAUCAAUUCUAAGCCCAGAGUUCAACGUAAGUAACCCAAACGCAACGGUGAACUGGACGUUCCUAGACGACAAUUCCACAUUCUUGAAGCACGGCCACAUCAAGCAUUCGAAAUAUUCCAUACCUACUACUAUUCUCUUAGUCACAAUAUUUUUGAUAGUUAUAAUUGGAACUAUAAUAGGAAAUGUGUUAGUUUGUGUUGCAGUACGCUUAGUUAGGAAAUUAAGAAGGCCUAGUAAUUACUUGAUUGUAUCGCUGGCAGUGAGCGACUUGUGUGUGGCCUGUAUUGUGAUGCCAGUAGCCACCGUCUAUGAUAUUAUGGGAACGUGGCCUUUUGGACCGGUCAUAUGCGACUUCUGGGUAUCGAGUGACGUGCUAUCCUGCACCGCUAGCAUUCUUAACUUGUGCAUGAUCUCCGUGGACCGCUACUAUGCUAUUACGAAGCCUCUGGAAUACGGUGUGAAGAGAACACCUCGGAGGAUGCUAUUUUGUGUUUUCAUCGUAUGGAUAAGCGCCGCAUUCAUUUCCCUCCCUCCGGUCCUUAUCCUAGGAAAUGAGAAGACUGACACCUCCUGUUCUGUGUCACAGAAUCAGGCGUACCAAAUCUAUGCAACUUUUGGUUCAUUCUACAUACCGUUGACUGUAAUGAUCGUGGUCUAUUAUAAAAUAUUUAGAGCUGCUAGGAAGAUUGUAAAAGACGAGAAACGUGCUCAAUCACACUUGGAGACGCACUGUUACUUGGAAAUAAAUGUGAAGAAUGGCGGAGCCGCGGAAGCUAAGCUGCUGGGUAACCAGCCGGCUCAGCCUCCCCCGAGAGGAUCGACGGCGAGCACGAAUACAACGUGUAGCGUAGACAAAACAGAAAGCACAAUCGGGAGAUGCUUUAGUGGCCAAAGAAAGUCGAACGAGUCGCAGUGCCCAAUGUUGCAACAACCAAAGACUCCAACAAAACCUAUUCACACCAUAAACCGGUCACCCACACAGCUGGUGCCCGGGAAACUAGCGGUGAAGGAGAGACAAAGACAGCCUUCGGAGAGUAGUCAGAAAACCACGACGAACAGGAUCCGUUCGUCGCUCUCGAAUUUUGCUCAUAAAAGCCAUAUCGCCAAAGACUUGCUACAUCCGCAGAACGCUGUUCAUCAGAAAAAACUGCGGUUUCAAUUAGCCAAAGAACGCAAAGCGUCCACCACCCUCGGUAUCAUCAUGUCUGCAUUCGUCAUCUGCUGGCUACCGUUUUUCGUGUUAGCUUUAAUUAGACCAUUUGUGAAAGAAGAUGCUAUUCCCGAUGCGGUGAGUGCGCUUUUCCUCUGGCUGGGCUACCUGAACAGUUUGCUCAACCCAGUCAUAUACGCGACACUGAACCGAGACUUCAGAAAGCCGUUCCAAGAAAUCCUAUUCUUCCGUUGUGGCAAUCUGAACCACAUGAUGCGUGAGGAGUUCUACCACAGUCAAUACGGUGACCCUGACCAACAUUACUGUGUGAACAAUACUACCAAAAUGCACAAUUACGAGGAGGGGGUAGAAAUAGUUUCUGCCGUCGAUAGGGAGGAGACAAGAGCUUCAGAGAGUUUUCUAUGAUUGUCAAUGCCAGAGGUCGCUACAAGAGACCUAGAUACUGUGAUCUAAAUAAGACUUUUUUAUAAUAGUACCGCGGUCUAACAGUGUUGAUUUAAUCGAUUUCGUUCGUUUUAAUAACUUGUGUAUUAUAAAAGGCUGUUUCUACCCAACUAGUCGUUACUUACGUAAAUGUAAUCGAGGUUUCGUUUGUGUAAAAUACAUAGUAGUAGACCAUUUUAUAUGUGCAAACAGAAAGUGUGACAUGAGUAUUAGAUGAUAAAAUAGUUGCUAUUGUAAAUAUUUUUAAUAUUAUUUGACAGUGACGUAAUGUUGUGUCAUUUUUAUUAUCUGUGUAGUGUAAAUGAAUUGUACCAUAAUGUCUAUGUCUAUCCGUUGUACCAAAAACAUUUUCUCUUUGCAAAUAUAAAUGGACCUCAAGUAACUUGUACGAUUUUAUUAUUAAGUAGAUAUUUACGAUAAGUCACAUGGUAUAUUACGUCACUUUUAGUAUAAUAAUAAUAAUUGAAUGUGAAUGUAUUAUUAUUAUUAUUAUUUAAUAAUUUUGGAAUGACCAAAGAGGUAUAAUAUUAACUUGAAACGUGAGGUUUUACAAGUAUAAGAUGUUGUGAAUUUGAUAAAGAAUAAAAAUAGAAAUGUAUAUUAUUGUUAAAUAAAUAAUUAAUUAUGUUUAUGACAUUAAAUU